AUGGCAACUGGCUUCUGCCUGCUUCUCAGAUUGACUUUCCGUUAUUGGGAGCUGGAGGGGGAAGGACCACAGGCGGUCUCAUGUCCAGUGCUGGGAACGGAUGUGACCAUGAACGCCGGUGCCUCCUUGUCUACUUUCACGGCAGUGCCCUUCCCUCCACCCAUUCCUGGCGCCCAGCACCGGCCACCCUGGCAGCAGCACCUGCCACGUCCCAUCACCCCAGCAUUCCCUCCUGGCAGCAGCCUGCUGCUGCCAGCUUUCCCCAGGACGCCUGUGGUGGCUAAUGGUGGCCGUGGCCCCAGUGCCCCUGGGGCUUGCAACCUCACUGUCGAAGUCAGGUCACAAGGGAGGACAGUGGAGGCCCCCCAGACUCAGACCUCUGUCGUUACUCAGGCCCCCCUCAACUGGAGCGCUCCAGGGGCCCUCAGCAGGAGUGCUGCAUGUCCUGCACCCGAAUUCAUAGCAACCCCUGUGAUGGGGACCGUUGUGACUGCUUCAGCUGUUGGAGUUAGGCAGGCUGGCAAGGGAGGCUGGACCCCAGGCUUUCCUCCUCAAGCUCCACCACCAGCUGCCCAGCUGGCCCCUAUCAUUCGCCCAGUGAACUCUGGGCCAUGGCCACAUGGCGCUUCCAGGGAGGGCCGCCUGGCCACCAAGCAGUCCAACGCCUCGCAGGAUGGCUCCUCUAACACCCAGAGAGAGUACAGUAACUUCCGACGUUGGCAGCGCAUCAAACCCCUGGCCCGGAGACACUUUCACCUGAGUCCUGAUGCAGAAGCUUUUUCCUGCUUUCUCAUCCCAGUGCUUCGAUCCGUGGCCCGCCUGAAUCCCAACAUGCCGCUGGAGGAGGGACUGUGGAGGGCCGUGCAGGAAUGGCGGUGCAGAAGCAACCCUGACCGGGUGAUCUACUACGAGAGGGCGGAAAAGUUCAUGGAAUUUGCAGCCGAGGAGGAGAUGCACAUUCAGAAUUUGCAGUGCAUGCAGUGCGCGCAGGACCUGCCUCCUCCAGCCCCACCGAAGCUGGAUCCUCGGGGGCCCCCAGCCCCG